AUGAGCUACGAAAUUUACGGGGAGGAUGGAGCAAUACAUAAACAUGACUCGCCGUCUCAACAAAUACCAAUUGUAUCGUCCUCGAAAAAGCCGAGAUCAACCAAAUUGCACUCCACAAAUAAUAGAUCAAAGAAUGGCUCAUCUGACCACGCUCCAAUAGAGAAGUUUCCGAUUGAAUCUUCUCCCAUUCACAGAAACGCCAUGAAAGUGAUAACAAGGGAAUUCCGUGCUUUACAGCUAGAUCGUACAAUAAAUAAGCUGAAUGUUUUUGACCUUCUUGAAGUAUGUCAACAGUUAUAUGAAUCUCUGCAGCAUACAAAGGUUGCUGCAACAAUGGUUCAGAAUUAUAUCAGGGGAUACUUGAUAUUUGCGUACUUCAUAAAUAACUCCAUUAUGGCAAAGUUUGGAGGAUUUCAAAAUUUCAUGAAGAAAUCUGAAUACGACUUCUUGAUUUACAUAAAUUUGUUUAAUUUCUUUGAUUCCGAUCCAAAUUUAGAAUUGAAACAGCUAAGAUCUUACAUUGAGGAGCUCUUAGAAAAUGGUAACUAUUUAGAAUUUGAUAUGAAAAUAUUGGUUGACUGGUUGCAUAGUUAUUUGAACUAUCUAAGAGAGAAGGAUGCUUAUGAAGCGGAGAAAGACAAUGAAAGUGAUAACAUUUAUGACAUGAGCGAAUUGAAGAGGGAACUAGACAAUGAAGAAAUAGAGGAAAGACUGACUGACCACCUUGCCGAAGACUACGACGAAGAGGAGGAUGAAAUAGAAAAUCUACGUGAUGAUCGCAGUGCAUAUACUUAUGAAGGAGAUCAAAUGUCACUAAGUUCCUUUAAAGAGAAGUUCCCUGUAGUGAAGGGAAGUGCCACAGGUAGCUCAGUGAAUUCAGUUAAAGUUCCAUCGAAGAAUUUAACGCCGUCUAAUGGUGUGAAUGGAAACACUCAGACUAAUCUUAGCCGAGUACCACCUCCGUUGGAUAACAUAGUUGAUUUGGAAACCAAUAAGAAAACGUCGAGCCCUACUUAUGUAGAUCGGGUGCCUCCGUCUUCAAAUCCUUACUACUCCCAAAACUACCAAGAGUCUCCAAGCUCACGUCCAACGAUAUACAAUCAAUCAUUGAGUUAUAGCGCUAGUUCUACGCCUCACAGACCAACGUCUUCGAUUCCUUCAUUGCCUCAGUCUUUUACUCCACUGAAUUCUACAUCUUUCAAUCAUGCUGUCACACAAACGAACGGAAGUAACAAUCACAAUCUCCAGCAAACUAAUGGAAACUAUAAUCAAAAUAACAUUUACCAUGGAGCAGCAUACAAUCAACCACCAAUACCCCACCCACAAACAAUGCCCAACCUUAUGACUCGACCCUCAAUUCCUGUUCCUGACCCACAGCAGCAAUAUAAUCCUCAGUACCAGCAGAAUUAUUAUCCUCAACAGCUUCUGCAUGCUCAGCCUCAAAAUUUAUACCAACAAUCUCAGCAGCCUGUUGUUUACCAUAAUCCUCACACCUACAAUAAAGCAGACCAAGCAAAACAGGAGAAAUUAGCAUACAUGAAAGCUAAUGCUAUUUGUGGAUUGAAAAAUUUUGGUUCAUCUUGUUAUAUUAAUCUGUCUUUACAGCUAUUAUUCGCCUUAAUUCAAUUCAAGUCGAUAUUUAUAAAUCUGAGAUACCAUAAAUAUAUUAGAGAUCCUAAAUAUGUUGAACAGUUCAAUCUUAACUCAACCGAGCCCAUUUUAUUAAGUGUCGCUAUAUCAGGGUUACUCAAAUCAUUUAUUAAUCAUGGUAGCUGCGGAAUUGCACCUUCAAAGUUUUUAAGGAUUUGUGCUAAAUUAAAACCUGAUUUCAAUAUCCCAAAUGAGCAACAAGAUGCUCAAGAAUUCUUGAUGUUUUUGUUGGAAAGAUUACAUGAUGAGUUAAGUGUAAAGAACUUGAACGAAGAACUGGCGAAUUCAGUAAUAUACAAAUCCGAGGUCAAUGUAAAUACAAAGGAUAAGGAUGAUUAUUUCAAGUGGUAUAGAGCACUAAUUGACAGAGAAGGUGUAUCUCCGGUAAAUGAUUUAUUCCAGGGUCAUUUACAGAACAAACUUAUCUGUAAUGCAUGCGGAUAUGAGUCUGUAACUUAUUCACCAUUCAACACGCUCUCAUUAACAAUUCCCCAGCCAGGUAUAGGAGGAGGAGGAAACAGAGAUGGAAGCGUUGACUUGAGUGAUUGUUUGAAAUAUUUCAUAAAGGAUGAAAUCCUCACUGGUGACAAUGCAUGGAAUUGUCCCAAAUGUGCCGACAAGAGUUCUAGUUCCUCAUCUAUUCCAAGUGCAGCAAAUUCAUUAGACAAUCAUCCAGUUUUCCAACCGAAGAAGGGAAUAUUCAGUCGAAAGAAAUCUCCCGUAAGAAAAUCAAACGAAAAGGAUUCAAAUUCUGCCAUGAAGUCAGCACUAAAAAAUACAAUAUCAAUAAAAAGACUCAGUUUCGUUAAGUUACCACAAAUUCUUCUUAUCCAUUUAUCCAGAUUUUCCAUGUAUAACUUAAGUGACAAAUUGAAUACUGCAAUCAAAUAUCCAUUACAACUUAAAUUCAAUGAUCCCACUUCAACAGAGGGGGGCAAAAUUCAUUAUAAGUUAACUGGCUUAAUUAACCAUUACGGGAAUUUGAAAAGUGGACACUACACUUCAUUGGUAAAUAAGUCUACAUAUCAUCAACAACAAAGCACUGACAGUAAUGCAAUACCAAACAAUAUAGAUAACUUGAUAAGACCAUACUGGUGUUGUUUUGAUGAUGAUUUAGUUGACUCAAGCGUCAAGCACGGGAAUGUUAACCCCGAACAAGGUGCAAUCAUAGGAGAUUUGAACUCCACGGACGUUUACGUCUUGUGUUAUGAAAAAGUUCACCCAAAGCAAACAAAAAAUUAA